ACCGCUUUUAAAACGGGUUACCUUAUGUUAAGAGUGCAUGACGAGUCGUGACUGAUGAGAUUUAACAUAUGACAACAGUGGGCAAUGUUUAACUAAAAAAAAGCAAGUAAAAAAAAAAAAAAAAUUAAAACAAACCUGUCCCGGAAGUUCUUUGUACUCGCGCCACGUCAGAGCUCCAAACUAUUACCUCCAGUGUGACAGUGAAGGCGAGUUUCCACAGGCUCCAGUUGUCUGGACUCACGUUUAGCCUUCACAAUGCUUCCUCUGGGAAUCUGCUGUUUGUUAGUGUUUCAUGCGUGUGUGGUGUUUGGGACUGAGCUCACAUUUGAACUCCCUGAUAACGAUAAGCAAUGCUUCUUCGAGGAACUCGAGAAAGACGUGAAGUUUGACAUAGACUUCCAAGUCAUUUCUGGAGGCAACUACGAUGUAGACUGCUUCGUCACAGAUCCUCUGGGCAACGUUUUGUAUAACGAGAAGAAGAAGCAGUAUGACAGCUUCUCUCACACCACCGGCAUGCAGGGCGUCUACAAGGUCUGCUUCAGCAAUGAGUUCUCUACAUUUACACAUAAAAUAGUGUACCUGGACUUCCGCCACGGGGACGAGGAGCCUCUCCUGGACACUAUGACUGGAAGUACAGCUCUGACUCAGUUGGAGUCAUCUUGCGUCUCCAUUCAUGAGAUCCUGAAGGUGGUGAUUGACUCGCAGACAUGGUACAGACUCAGGGAGGCACACGACCGCACAAAGGCAGAGCACCUGCUGGAGCGGGUGACCUUCUGGUCCAUCGGAGAAACCGUCCUGCUGUUUAUCAUCGGCAUUGGUCAGGUCAUGAUGCUCAGGAGCUUCUUCGCUGACAAGAAAGGCUCUGUGGUGGCCGCCACUUAGAGCUUGAUGUGUCCUCAGGAAGACGGCGGAGGGAACUACAUCUGGAGAUUAGCACAUACUGUAUGUAGUACUUUCUCCGAAGCCGUUAUUAAUAGAUAGUCCCAGGAGUUUUUCUACUCCUGAUUGCAGCAUCUGACAAACUUGAAAGCCCUUUUUGUACUUCUGUGUUGCUUUGUUCUUACAAGCUAUACUAAGAAGAAACACCACUCAUGCGUGUGUUCAAAUGAGAUUGAUAGCCUUUUCACACAGAUCAUUUGUUUAUUUUUUAUAGAAGUCCAACAUUAACCAUGUUUUAUUUGAUCUAUCUAUUAAUCACAGAUUGCCUUACAUCAGGAGCAUUGUAGAUUCCAGCAAUCGCAGUCCAAGUCAUGACACUAACAGAAACCAAAGAGGCGUUGUGUCCGAACCACAGCUUUAUUUGUUUUAAAGUUAUGUUAUGUUUAUUGUUACCUUAAUUUAUGUGUAGAAAAGUGUUACAGGCUUUAACUCUAGCUUUGUCUCACUUGUUUGUCUCAUACAUGUGCCUUAAGGAAUGUAUUUUUCCCUUACCGAGAGUUUACGGUAGUAAUUUAAACAUGUCACCCUGUUUCUGCUUGACUUGAUUCUUAGUUUUUGUCCACGUUUACAUUACUGAAUAUUGAAAAGGGACCAAUUGUAAUAGCUUUUGGUUACGUUUUCAGACCUAUUUUUUCAUGUGUUUAUUUGUAAAACAUACAGAUUUCAUUAAAAAUUUGGCAGAAAGAUUUGUUGAAUGUCUAAACAUGUCAAGAGGGUGUUUUAUGUUGCUGUGUACUGUGAUGCAUAAUCAGAUCCAUAUUCUGUGUAGGAUCUGUAACAAAUUUGGAAUCUACUCGUUUUACUCAAAAAUGAAUUUUGCUCAGUGUCCCUGCACUUUGAGGUUUGACCUGCAAAGUGGUAUAAUGGGUGUGCAGAGUUUGACUUUAAGACUCAUUCACCUGCUUAACAGGAAAAAUCUCUGUUUCAGAUGUACAAGCUGGAUUUGUAACUAAUAAAAGACCCAUGAAAACCUGAGGCCUCCAAUGUUUAUAUACUGAGUAAGGACUUUUCAGAAAGCAGGCUGUAGAAAACACUUUGUGUCCAGCAAGAUUUUUGAAAUGAAAAGUAGUUUGGCUUUGUGCAAAGAUUUAUUGACGUGAAAUCUUUAUUCAAAAUGUCAUGGCAACUUCUUUGAAAAUAUAAGAUUGGCAAGACAACAAGAAGAAGACUCUCUGAAAAAUAUAAUUUUUAUUCCUGCUCAAGGAUACACAGCAACUUGGUGAAAUAUAAUAAAAUAUCCAUUAAAUC